UGACUCAGAGUUCCCAUAUGGGCAACACGCCUCCUUCGCCCUCCUUUCUGAUUUCUCCUGAGAGAAUGUGGAGACAUCUGAACAAACUGUUCUUUUGGGGCAUUUUUUCUUCUCUGACAGUACAAAAAGCUUCCUUGGAUUGUGACACCAGAAGAACAAACAAAUUCCAUUCUCCAAGUUUGGACUCAGAAACGAAAGUGGUCACGAGGGGUCAAAAUGUAUCCCUCACCUGUUCUAACCAGAACGAGUCACUACAGAUCACCUAUUUUUUGUUUCGGCGUGAAAAACACCUGAGAACCCAUACUGGAAAAGGUGAACCCAUGAUUUUUAACCUGAGCAUCUCAGAAGCCCAUGAGCUGGGCCCUUACAAAUGCAAAGCCCAAGUCUCUAACUGUUCAAUGGUCAAAUACAGUCGUGAGUUCAACUUCACAUUUGUGGACCCAGUGAUCACACCAGUGUUGAACAUUCAUGUCGUUAACACAGAAACAGACCAACAUUUAAUACUGCGUUGUAUCUCAUUCAAUGGCUCUUUGCCCAUCAGUUAUACUUUCUUUGAGAAAGAUGUUGCCAUAUCACCACCUAUAUCCAAGCAUGUAAGGGAGCCUGCUGAAUUCAACAUAACCAAGAACAAUGCUGGAGAAAGGGAAGAAUAUAGGUGCAAAGCUAAAAACGAGUUGCCUGACUACGAAAGAUACAGUCAACCAGUCUCCAUCAAUGCCGCACCAGGUGGAGACAGCUGUCCUUUCUGCCUGCAGGUACUGCUUCCAGGGUUAUUGCUGGUGCUAAUUGUAAUCAUCUCAAUUCUGGCAUUUCGGAUACUACCAAAGUACAAAGCAAGAAAAGCUAUGAGAGAUAAGACACCUAGAGACUAUAGAAAUACGGCCACGGAAGUUGGAAUAUAUGCAAAUAUCUGUGAAAAUCAAGCAGGUAAGGAAUCUGUGCCAGGCUUGGAACCAAGGCAGUGUGUCUCCACAGCCCAAGAUGGAACCCAACACUCCCAGGAGAUACAAUAUGCUACCCCUGUGUUCCAGAAGGGGGCACCAGGAGUUCAUGAAGCCCGUAAUGAUUGUAAAACUGGAUAUAUCUAUUCUGAACUCAUCUUCUGAAAUUUAAAGAUACAAGCUACAUCUCAGAGCAAGGACCAAAGGUUCAGGAGAAAAAAAACCAUGUCUAAAGUCUAAAACAAAAAGUGGUGACCUUGAAAAUGUGUCUGAAGAAAAGAGUCCCUGUGGUUACUGUGAGGAGAAAGCAAGAUUAUUCACCAAGUACCCCUUUAUUAUCCAUUGUUGUUUCAAUUUGCUCUCAGAUUCUGGAAGCCUGCAAAAAUAUUUAUAUUGAUUUUCAUGGAUGUUCUCAUUCCUCAAGAUUUAGCCAAUGUCAGAGGUGUGCCUUUAUGUGCUGCAUUUCUCAUCAGUGUUCUGUAGAGAGAAUACUGUUCUGUGGGAGAUAGGAAAAUGGAUUACUUGGACUGUCCAAACAAAUCACCACAAAUUGGUGACUUAAGACAACAUAGAUCUAUUUUCUCAUAGUUCUGGAGGCCAGAAAUCCAAAAUCAAGAUGUCAGCAGAGCUGUGCUCCCUCUGAAGACUGUAGGGGAGAAUGCUUGCUUGUCUCUUUCAGUUUCUUUCCUGGUGUUCUUUGGUUUGUGGCAAGAUCUCUCUAGUUUCUGCCUCUGUCUUCAUAUGGCCUUCUCUUCCUUUGCCUUUCUCAUAUAAGGACAUUGAUCAUCGGAUUUAGGACCCCCCAGGAUGGCCUCAUCUCAAGAUCCUGAAUUAUAUCUACAAAGACCCUUUUUUUGUUUUUGUUCUUUUUUUUAAGAUUUUA